UUUCUAGGGGAGGUGACUUGUUGAAUUUAAAACCUGAAGGGCGAACUUCACACCUGGCGCUCUUUCCUCAAGCAGGCGCGCCGGCACAGGCGGGGAGACCGCGGCAUCUGGAGCCGCGCGGGUGUCCCACGCCGGGAAAGAGGCGGAGCGCCCCCUCGUUGGCUUCCGUUCCGCUCCUCCUCGCCUUGGAUUUGCAGCGGGAGGCUCCCCUUCUCUCUCUCUCUCUCUCUCAUUCCCAGAGCAACAGCACCGACGAGGACGACGACGACGAGGAGGAGGAGGCGGCUCCGGGGAGCGCCCGCCUCCUUCGCUGCCGAGCGCGGUGCACACGGGGCAUGGAGCCUGCCUGAGCCAGUCCGCGGGGCAGCUGCUGCUGCAGCACAACAUGGAGGCGGCAGCGCCGCCACCGCCGCCGCCGCUGCUUUUGGUCCUGUUCCUGCUCGCCGCCUCGCUACUUCGGUGCAACUUGGGGUCUGUGGCGGCUUCUCCUCUCUUGCUUUUUGCAAACCGUCGAGAUGUCAGACUGGUGGAUGCCGGUGGAGUGAAGAUGGAAGCAACGGUUGUAGUCAGUGGUUUAGAAGAUGCUGCUGCAGUGGACUUCCUUUAUUCACAGAAUGUUAUUUACUGGACAGAUGUGAGCGAAGAAGCUAUCAAACAGACUUAUUUUAACCAAAGUGGGAAUCUUGUACAGAGUGUCAUUGUUUCAGGGCUGCUUUCUCCAGAUGGCUUGGCAUGUGACUGGAUUGGGAAAAAAUUGUACUGGACUGACUCAGAAACAAAUAGGAUUGAAGUUGCUAAUCUCAAUGGAACAUCUAGGAAGGUUCUUUUCUGGCAAGAUCUUGACCAGCCAAGAGCAAUUGCCCUGGAUCCAGCUCAUGGAUACAUGUAUUGGACAGAUUGGGGCGAAACACCUAGAAUAGAGCGUGCUGGAAUGGACAGCAGUUUUCGAAAAAUAAUCGUGGAUUCUGACAUUUAUUGGCCUAAUGGACUCACCAUAGAUCUCAGUGAACAAAAGCUUUAUUGGGCUGAUGCAAAGCUGAGCUUCAUUCACAGAGCAAAUCUGGACGGCUCUUUCAGGCAAAAAGUGGUGGAAGGUAGUCUGACUCAUCCAUUUGCCCUGACGUUGGCUGGGGACACUCUGUACUGGACAGAUUGGCAGACGCGUUCCAUUCAUGCCUGCAACAAGAAAGCUGGAGAGAAUAAGAGAGAAAUAAUAAAUUCUCUUUAUUCACCAAUGGACAUCCAAGUUUUGAGCCCUGAAAGACAGCCAUAUUUUCACACACCCUGUGAGGAAAAUAACGGUGGUUGUUCACAUUUGUGCCUGUUGUCCCCAAAGGAACCCUUUUAUAGUUGUACCUGUCCUACUGGAGUCCAACUACAAGAAGACGAAAAAACCUGCAAAGCAGGUGCUGAGGAAGUUCUCUUGCUCGCUAGAAGAACAGAUUUACGAAGAAUUUCCCUGGACAUGCCGGACUUCACAGAUGUUAUUCUGCAAAUAGACAAUAUUAGGCAUGCUAUUGCAAUUGAUUAUGACCCUGUUGAGGGCUACAUAUAUUGGACAGAUGAUGAUGUCAGAGCUAUUCGCCGGGCAUUUCUUGAUGGAUCUGGAGCCCAGACUCUAGUAACAACAGAGAUAAAUCAUCCUGACGGCAUUGCAGUAGAUUGGGUGGGUAGGAAUUUGUAUUGGACUGAUACUGGUACAGAUCGGAUUGAAGUUACACGUUUGAAUGGGACCUCAAGAAAGAUCCUCAUUUCAGAAAACUUAGAUGAACCUAGAGCAAUAGUGCUUAAUCCUGUGAUGGGUUAUAUGUAUUGGACAGACUGGGGUGAAAACCCAAAGAUUGAGUCUGCUUAUCUGGAUGGGACUGAAAGGAAAGUGCUGGUGAAUACUUCUCUGGGAUGGCCUAAUGGUUUGGCAUUGGAUCUUGAGGAAAACAAACUUUAUUGGGGAGAUGCAAAGACUGACAAAAUUGAGGUAAUAAGCCUUGAUGGAACCAUGAGAAAAACACUCAUAGAAGAUAAACUUCCUCAUAUAUUUGGAUUUACUUUACUUGGUGAAUAUAUCUACUGGACAGAUUGGCAGAGGCGAAGUAUUGAAAGGGUUCACAAGAAGACAGCAAGUCGGGACAUUAUCAUUGAUCAGUUGCCGGACUUGAUGGGUCUCAAAGCAACAAGUGUCACCAGAGCAGAGGGGACAAAUCCAUGUGCUGAGAAUAAUGGCGGCUGCAGCCACCUGUGCUUCUUCACACCCCAGGAGUGCAGGUGUGCCUGUCCAAUUGGACUGGAGUUACUUAGUGAUAUGAGGACCUGCAUCAUCCCAGAAGCUUUCCUUGUCUUCACCAGCAGGGCAGCUGUUCAUAGGAUUUCUCUCGGAGCCAGCAACAACGAUGUUGCCAUUCCUCUUACGGGUGUGAAAGAAGCUUCUGCUCUAGAUUUUGAUGUAUCUGACAACAGAAUCUACUGGACAGAUAUUAGCUUAAAGACAAUAAGCCGAGCCUUUAUGAAUGGAAGUGGACUCGAACAUGUGAUUGAGUUUGGGUUAGAUUACCCUGAAGGCAUGGCUGUAGAUUGGAUGGGAAAGAAUCUGUAUUGGGCAGAUACUGGAACCAAUAGGAUUGAAGUGGCCCGGUUGGAUGGGCUAUUCCGGCAAGUUCUUGUGUGGAAAGAUUUGGACAAUCCAAGGUCAUUGGCUCUUGAUCCAUCAAAAGGGUAUAUGUACUGGACAGAGUGGGGAGGAAAGCCCAAAAUUGUUCGAGCAUACAUGGAUGGAACAAAUAGCAUCAUGCUGGUGAAUAGGGUGGGACGUGCCAACGACCUUACCAUUGAUUACAAGGAUCAAAGACUUUAUUGGACUGAUCUGGACACAAGCAUGAUUGAGUCAUCCAAUAUGCUAGGACAAGAGAGGCAAAUAAUAGCAGAUGAUCUACCUCACCCCUUUGGGCUAACUCAGUACAGUGAUUUCAUCUACUGGACAGAUUGGAACCUCCACAGUAUAGAAAGAGCUGACAAAACAAAUGGGAGGAAUCGAACAAUUAUUCAGAAUCGUCUGGACUUUGUGAUGGAUAUAUUAGUUUUCCAUUCAUCACGACAGGAUGGUUUCAACGAGUGUGCGCAAAAUAAUGGGCACUGUGGGCAGUUGUGCCUGGCCAUACCCAAUGGCUAUAGAUGUGGCUGUGCAUCUCACUACACCCUGGAUCCCAAGACCCGCAACUGCAGUUCACCCAGUAGCUUCUUACUAUUCAGUCAGAGGUCUGCAAUAAGUCGGAUGAUACCAGAUGAUCAGCAGAGUCCAGACCUCAUUCUUCCCAUCCACGGCCUAAGAAAUGUUAAAGCCAUUGAUUAUGAUCCACUUGAUGCAUUUAUCUACUGGGUAGAUGGACGCCAAAACAUAAUUAAAAGAGCAAAAGAUGAUGGCAGUCAGCCUUUCACAGUCAUGAAUAUUCGCAAUCAAAGCCAAAAUCCAGAAAAACAGCCACAUGACCUGAGCAUUGAUAUUUUCAGCCAUACUUUGUAUUGGACCUGUGAAGCUACAAAUACAAUCAAUGUCCACAGAAUUAAUGGGGAGCAGAUUGGAGUUGUCUUACGGGGAGAUCAUGACAAGCCCAGGGCCAUAGUCGUAAAUGCAGAACGAGGGUACAUGUAUUUCACUAAUAUACAAGAGCGAGCUCCAAAGAUUGAGCGUGCAGCCUUGGAUGGAACAGAACGAGAAGUGCUCUUCACCACUGGUUUGCUUAGACCUGUUGCACUAGUGAUUGACAAUAAGCUUGGGAAGCUCUUUUGGGUGGAUGCUGAUCUCAAACGGAUUGAAAGUUGUGACCUGUCAGGGGCUAACCGGGUCACAUUACAAGAUUCCAACAUUCUCCAGCCAAUGGGUUUGACGGUUCUGGGAAAUCAUCUCUACUGGAUUGAUCGGCAGCAACAGAUGAUAGAAAGAGUGGAGAAAACCAAUGGAUACAAGAGGACCAGAAUACAAGGUCGAAUUGCUCACCUAACUGGUAUACAUGCCAUUGAAGAUAUUGACAUGGAGGAAUUCUCAAGCCACCCAUGUUCCCGAGAUAAUGGGAAGUGUUCACACCUCUGCAUAGCAAAAGGAGAUGGAACUCCAAGGUGUUCCUGCCCUGUUCAUUUGGUACUUCUACAGGACCUCUUAACGUGUGGAGAGCCACCAACCUGUUCCCCGGAUCAGUUUACAUGUGCAACUGGUGAGAUUGAUUGCAUUCCCAUGGCAUGGCGUUGUGAUGGCUUUUCAGAAUGUGAUGAUCAGAGUGAUGAAGAAAACUGCCCCAUCUGCUCAACAACCCAGUUCCAAUGUGAGAAGGGGCAAUGCAUCGAUGCACAUUUGAGAUGUAAUGGAGAAGUUGACUGCCAAGAUAAAUCUGAUGAAUCUUAUUGUGAAACUAUUUGUCUCCAGAAUCACUUUCAGUGUGCCAAUGGCCAGUGUAUUCUCAAAAAACAGCAGUGUGACUCCUUUCCGGACUGCAUUGAUGGUUCUGAUGAACUUUUCUGUGACAAGUCACUUUUUACCGAAAAAAUUAAAUCUUCUGAUGAUUCUGGACCCCACAGUAAUGCUAUUGGGCCUGUGAUUGGAAUUAUUCUUACCCUUUUUGUCAUGGGAGGCAUGUAUUUUGUUUGCCAGCGUGUGGUUUGCCAACGUUACGCUGGGCCUAAUGGACCUUUUCCACAUGAAUAUGUCAGCGGGACCCCACACGUCCCGUUAAAUUUCAUUGCUCCAGGGAGUUCUCAGCAUGGGACCUUUACAGGCAUCUCUUGUGGAAAAUCCAUGAUUAGCUCCAUGAGCUUAAUGGGUGGAAGCAGUGGUGCCCCUCUUUAUGACAGAAACCACGUCACUGGAGCUUCCUCUAGUAGUUCGUCUAGUACAAAAGCCACAUUUUAUCCACAGAUUUUGAAUCCACCACCUUCACCAGCUACAGAUCGCUCCCUCUAUAACACAGAAAUGUUUUAUUCUUCAAACAUUCCAUCAACAACAAGAUCUUACAGGCCUUAUCUUAUCAGAGGGAUUGCUCCACCAACUACCCCCUGCAGCACAGAUGUAUGUGACAGUGACUACACCACAAGCCGGUGGAAAGCCAACAAAUACUACAUCGACUUAAACUCAGACUCAGAUCCCUAUCCACCUCCCCCUACUCCUCGCAGCCAGUACAUGUCAGCAGAGGAAAGCUGCCCACCGUCUCCAGCUACCGAGCGGAGCUACUUCCACCUCUACCCCCCUCCUCCAUCUCCUUGUACAGACUCUUCAUGAUUUUAACAGAAGGGACUUGUCUUUUUCUGUAAAUAUGUUUUUUAAAUAUGAACAAAGAUUUUAAAUAUAUAUUUUAUGAUCUAAAAUGGGGUGGGAACUUAUAAAAAUGUGAAUAAAAACGAAUGGGCCUGGGCUGUGAAAAUUGUACAGCAAAGUGAUAUUUAUGUUGAUCUUUUUUAAUUUAAUAAUCCAUUCUUUUGUGCCAUAAUUUGCCUUUGCAUUGAAGUUGCAACAUUUAAAUUGGCCUCCAAAGGAGGUGAAAAGCAGAAAAUAAUAUGCUUGGAACAUUUUGAAAUCAUCUUUUGGUUCAAUAAAGGGGGAAUGUGCUGAGUUAUUUUAAGUAAUAUAAAAGGCAAGAAGUAGUAUGUAUGAAUGAAUGAUGAUGAAAUACACACCACAAGGGAAAUUCUUGUGUAUCUGUGUAUGUGUGUCUGUGUGUAUGGAUUAAUACUUGAUCCUAGGUACUUAACCACAAAAAUGGGCUUCAUAUGCUUUAUUUUAUUUUAUUCCAUCAUUCACCUUUCAAAAGAGUCAGUGAAUUAAAAAAGUGAACAUCUAGAAUACAUGUUAGAUUUAUUACAUUAUUCAUCAUGAACGACUUCUCCCCAAAUUAAAAUUUUCAUUCACUCCUAUUAGAUGCAUCACAUUUCUAUUAUGAGUCUGUCAAAUUCAUGUUUUCUCUUCCUCUAAAGGCCUCCAAUACAGCUCAGGAGAUUUGGAGGUGAGAAGGGAAGAAAGGAGGUGGUGCUCAUGAUAGAAAUGAAAAGUGGAAAAAAAGAAUGAAUUUGACUUUCUGAAAGAUUAAAAUAGUUUAGAAAAAUGAAAUCCUUCAAAGUUUCUUUUUCUCUCACAUCUGGUAAAAAUUUAUGAAAAUAAAAAUCUAUAAAAAUUAAAAACAGUUUAUAAAGAGUUCACUGAAUAGCAAAACUAUGUGCAAUCUCCAAAUUGAUGCAUUUGGAUAUUUCUUGAAUAGGCGUCUACCGAAGCCCCUGGUUUUCUCAUUUUAAAACACAACAUACACUGCCACCCCAUUUUCCGCUGGGUAAGAAUACAAAUUUUACCCUCUCUAACUUCCUAUAUAUAAUAUGAGAGAGAGAGAGAGCUCAGGAAUAAGGAUCCGCAUAAUCAGAUAGAAUUCAGUAAAACAUUAUUUUAUUUAGAACAAAACCCAGAAAGAAAGGUGCUUUUCAUCACGGGUCAGGAAGAAGAAAAUGAGCAAUACAUCUUGCAUUGCUGACUGUGCUUGUCCUUUGGUUUGAUUGCUUCACACAGAAUGUUUGAAAGCUUGUAGGAUUAGGAGACUGUGAUGUGAACAAAUAAUAAAAUACAUUGGAAAGAAAGGGGAAAGCCAAAAUUACAGUAUGUUUUAACAGCUGUAUAACAGCAGGUGCAGCCAGCUUUUAACAGUCAUAGAAUCAUUGACAAAGAUAAAAAAUGCUGUUUUUUUACAUUUACAGCUGGAUUUUAGCAAGUAUUUCUGGCCAAGUGUGAGGUGAGACUCCUCCAAUCCCUGGCCACUUUUUCCAAGCUUAUUAAUAAGAUGGAGGUUGAUCUCUGUUAUUUUGAAUAUGUUCCCAUCAGUCUAUUUCUAAUUGUUUGGAUAUGGUGGUUUAAUUCUGAGGACGUGCAGUUAGGAUCUUUGAGUACAGGAGAAUUUUGAUUUCUCAAGAAGCUUGUAUUUUGUAGUCAUGCCAUGCCAUUUUACUUUUCAAGUUUAAUAUGGGAGAUAAAAAAUUGAAUUAUUUGUAUGCAAAAAUAUCCUACCUGAAUACUUUGGGGAGGUCAGAGUUAUUUGGGUGCAUUGCCUGUGUGUCUAGCACAAAAAUAAUCCAUAAUAAUGAAUCUAGAGUACUCAGCUCAAAAAUCACAAUAUUCCGUACUAAUUUUAAAUCAUAGUAAUAUACUUUUUUUAAAAAAAACAAUCCUUAGUAACUCAAAUUGGGUGGGAAGGUAAUAAAGCCAGCUUCUUGUAAUUCUAAGAUUCCAUUUCUAGCUUGGUUGCAGAUAAAGCUUGUACGUGCAUGUGUGCACACAUACAAAUACAUAGUUGCUGAGAGAUUUGCAUCCACUAAUUUGUUUUAUAAUUGCUUUUAACCUUUUGUCUAGCACUUAUAAAAAGAUAUCCUUUAAUUCUUAACAUUACAUGCUUUGAUUUACCAUUGCCAGGUUUCUCUUGUCUAAAAUGCACUGCACAUGCACUGCACAAAAUUUGAAUGAAUAGUUUAUGUUUUAAAAGCAAAGUAAACAGCUAUUGGUAAUAUUAACCUGCUUGCUGAAAAAAUUGUACUGUAUUCAGUGGUGAAUUGGAUACUUUAAGCUAUGAAAAAAAUAACUAAUGCUACUGAUGUGAACAGAGUACUAUAAUAUUUAUGGCUAGAAUAUUGAAUAUUUUUAUUUUGCUUGCUUAUUGUAAAUUAUGUUAAUCAGGAAAAUUAAAUAUUCUGCUUUCUUGAUUAACAUGUUAAUGGGGAAACACCCCACCAAAUUCACAUAAAUUAUCAAAACUGCACAACUGGAGUUGUUGAAGAAUUGAGUGAAGUCAGAAAUACCUUACCAAGAAAUAAUUGUCACAUUUUCAUUACUUUAAAUUAUUUAUCUCUCUGAUCCAGAAUUUUUGCUAAAAUAUCUGAUUUCAAUAGUACUCUGGGCUAUGAUAUUGUCCAUUUCUUUUUUGACACAGGUAGGUCUCAAAUUAAUCACAUAAAAAACUACACUGUGAGCUUGGUUGUUUGUUUGGAGACGAUUCAUUACCAAGGAGAAAACCACAUUCCCACCAACAUUGGCAGGGCAAGCUAUUGUAUAUAAACAGAAAGCAAACCCCACACUUAAACUAGCACUGAUAAUAUUAUCUAGUCUGAUAAUGAAACAUCUACAAGUAAACAAUCAUGCUCAGAGAGCACAAAGGACUUCACAAUUCAAUUAAUUUCUGUUGGAAAAAAGAUACAGUUUACCAAAUCAUGAAUCUGUGCUGAUAUUGGUUCUAAUUUUAACAAGCUAAUUUGAAAUGAUACCAUGCAAACUGUUAAUUGUAAUUUUGGCUUUCAAGAGCCCUCCUAAUCUGGAAUCAUUGGCCAUGUUGCCAGAGAGUUACAAAUGAUAUCAAACUGGGGAUGGCUAGCAAACUGACAUGCUUUGAAUCUUCAUUUUUUAAAGCCAUUGUUUGCUUAACUGUGACUGAAUAAACUACAGUUGCUAGGUUUAUGCUAGGCCAGAAAUCAAAUCAUAUUAUGACUUAGCCCCAUAAGUAUGAACCCUACCUUUAUAUUCUAAAUACAAUACAUCUAUGUAAAUGUAACUGAUUGGCUUUAUUAAAAUUUAAGGAGCAAGUAACUCUUGUUCGGGUCUAGCCACAGUGCAGUGUCAAAGGUUAACUUUCUUAUAUUGGUUUUCCAUUGGUUAAUGGCUGUGUGUAGUAUGUCACUAUUCUAGAGAAAUUGUUUUGAAUAUUUUAACCCUUCAAAAGUGAUUGUUAAUCUUGUGAUAUGUUAAGUAGCAUAUCUCUUCCAGCCAGACUGGGUUUUACUGUGUAGAAAGACAUCAGAUUGGAUGCCUAAUCCAUGUAACUGUUUGUUUGGGUCCACUUAGAUCCAUCUUCAUGAACAUUAAUUUUUAGAAUCCAUAAUUCACUGAAAGUAGUUAUUGAUCUGGACCUGAGAGUGAGCUUGCUCUUAGCAAUUAGGACAACUAAGCCUUUUUGAAAGGAAAUACUGGUCUUAACAUACAACAUACCAAAAGUCUUCAUCUGAAAAGUAUUUAAAGCACCUUUAGUUAUGAAGCUCAGUUCCCUGGAAGUUUCCUUUGCCAAUUUUAGGUGUGAAUGUAAAUGAGUGGAGUAUUGGAUGGAAAGCAGAGUGUGGUGUCAAGUUUAAUUUGUAAAAUAAUAUUUGUUGAAAAUAUUUUGUAAAUAAUGUAAUUGAGCUAUUUGCAAUUAGAGGGGAAACAAUCGAUUUUAUUAAACAAUGAAUAAGAACUAUUGGGCCUGGAUUAAAAUGGAGCAAAAUUAGUCUUGCCAAGCUACAAACCUGUGACUCCUCCUUUAUUUUUGAGCCUACUGAGCUCAGCUAGAGGAAAAGUCAGCUAAAAGCUUUUCCAACUUCUUUUUUUUCCCUCCUCAGGGCCUAUUGUAUAUAUACUUUUUGUGUUGUGGAAUACAUAUUUCACUACUCACAUUAAAUCAUAGAUUCUUUAAUAAACCAUAGGUGGCUGAUUUUACAGAACAUUAAGCUAUAAACUAUUAUUUAACAAAUCACAAUGGUUCACCCACUGCAAUAGAUCAAACCCAAUCAUGUUAUGGGUUAUUGCAAUAUGUGAACUUUCCCACAGGAUCUUCUUGGUCGUUGCACUAAGAAUGGGGGAAGCGGAAUAACCAAUUAUGGAAAAGUGAAGAGGGGCGGAAGAACAGGGGAAGCAGUAGCUGGCUCAACCCCAGUUUGGUGGGAACAUGAAAGGGGAGGAUCAUUGGAUGCAACCUGGCAAUUUACAUUUUUAAGUGGGUUGUGUUUUACUGUUAUAUACAUAACUCAGAGGGCAUUCUAAUUAGAAAUUAAACCCAGGCUGCUUUCUUUAUUGUAUCUAAGUAUUUUGCAGUUGCUGCUAAUGUAAUGUAAAUGUACAUGAAAAUAUGCAGAUAUUGCCAAGAAUUGUUAUAAUAGACUCAUGCUGAUCUGUUUUAUAUUUAUAUUGUAAAGUGUAUUCUGCAAACCUCCUAAAUAUUUUAGCUUUAUAUUCAUAUACCGUUUUGUAGACACAGUUUUGUCACACAGAGAAAAAGUGCCUUUGGUCUUUUUAAACAGCCUAGCAUAUUGACUUGGGCAGAUGAUAACAAAGCCUUAAAAAUGAAGCAACCUUUUACUCAUUUGCUCCAUUUGUUAGUUUUUCAUCCAGCAUGGUGUUGCAAAUACGUAUUGUGUUCAACUCAUUCCAAGAUAAGGCAUUCACAAGAUGGUGGGACUAAGCUUGUUUGUAUAUGUUAAUGAAACAUCACUAAUUAUGUGAUUUUACAGAGAGUUGUGCUUGGUUUUUUUUUAAGAAAAUAUUUCAGAGAAAACUGGGAGUUUUUUACCCAGAAAUUACAAAAUUGGGAGUUUUAAGACACCCAAUGUGCUCCUUUUCAUUUCACUGUUUAUAUUUUAUGGAUGCUAAAUAUGCUAUUGGUAUACAUUUUUGUAAAAUUAUGUAACAAAAUCUCUGUUAUUAAAUUAGAUUAAUGUACUUUCCUAAGGACUGGAAUUCCAUUUAAUUUUUGCUACAAUAAUAUUGAUUAGCACAAGCUUUACCAAAAUCAUUAUUUUGAAUAUUAAUUGGGCAGCUGAAAAUAGCCUUUUUUCAUAUUAAUGUCCAAUAUACGCUACAAUAUGCAAAAGCCCCUUUGCCAACAAUAAAACAGAGCCCAAUACUU